AUGCUUCUUCCCCCCGAUGUCAAUGGGCGUGCGGGCCAUUUCCUUGACCAUUUCGGCGGGUCCAUCUCCGACUCUGAAAGCGGCGGCAUCGUCUCAGCCAUCACAGGAGGCGCCAUCGUGGGUGCCGCUGCUGUAUGCUGGCUUGGAGACUUCUUGGGUCGACGAUGGACCAUUUUCACCGGGUCGGUCAUCUCGGUCUUUGGCUGUGCGCUUCAAGCCGGCACGACGACCAUAGCGAUGAUGAUUGCCGGCCGUUUCAUCGCCGGGAUUGCGCUGGGCUUGCUCACCAGCACGAUUCCCAUGUACUGUGCUGAGUUGUCCGAGAAGAGUGUCCGUGGGGCGAUGUCAGGACUUCUGCAGUGGAUGCUGUCCUGGGGCUUCUUGUGCGCGCAGUGGAUCGGGUACGGAUGCAGCUUUGUGAAUGGUGAUUUCCCGUGGCGCUUUCCCCUGGCAUUCCAAUGCAUACCUGGCCUGAUCCUGGCGGUCGGGUGUCUCUUCUUGCUCGAGUCCCCCCGUUGGCUCUGUGAGAAGAAUCGCAACGAAGACGGGAAGGCCGUGCUCCAGAAGCUGCGAAGUGGACUCCCACAGGAGACGAUCGAGCUAGAAUACCGUGAGAUCGUGGAUGUCAUCGCCGCCGACCGAGCCAAUCUCGAGAUCAACUGGAAGACAAUCAUCACCAGGCCGUCAUGGCGGAGACGUCUCUUGCUCGGAUGUGGUGUUCAAUUCUUCUGCCAACUGUCCGGGAUCAAUGUCAUCAACUAUUACGGCGCCCGCAUCUAUGAAGCGCUCGGUAUAGGCACGCAGACGUCCCUCAUGAUCAUCGGCAUCUCCGGCGCCCUGUCGAUCGUGUACGCCACCGUCGGCCUGUGGCUCCUCGAAAGGAUCGGGCGCAUCAAGCCCCUGAUCGUCUCGGCCAUCGGCAUGGCCGCCUGCCUGGCCACGAACGCCGCCCCUGUCGCAGCAUUUCAACCCGGACAUCCACAACAUGCUCCGCGCCUUGGUCGCCAUGAACUUCUGCGUCUCGCUCUUCUUCACCAUGACGGGCAUCAUCUCGUGGGUGUAUCCCGCCGAGAUCUUCCCCGUGCAGAUCCGCGCCAGGGGGCAACGCGGCCUCCACCUUCAUCAACUGGUCCUUCAAUCUCGUCUUUGCGCAGGUGUCGCCCUUGGCCCUGUCGGCCGUCAGCUUCAAGUACUUUCUACGUCUUCUUCUGCACCAACCUCAUCUCGGCCGUGUGUUAUUUCUUCUUCUACCCCGAGACCAAGGGCAAGACGCUCGAGCAGAUGGACGAGGUCUUUGGCGACCAGGUUGUCCCUCACGUGUUGGAGGAUCCCGAGGGCGCCGAGUUGGCAAAGGCGAGAUUAAGCGUGGUUGAAUUAGAGAAGUCGUGA